CCUGCGGACCCAAAGGAGGCCUUAGGAGGCUGAUCCUCCACGCCCACUUCCACGCGCCUCUCUUCCGACUCGGGUGGCUCCCCCUGGUCUUUGAGGCUCGAAGGCUCUCGGGUCCGGCGCUGCAGGAGGCUCGGCGGGUCCGGAGCCAGCAGCAAGAUGCCUCCGAAGAAAGUCUGCAUCAUCGGGGCGGGGAACUGGGGAUCUGCCAUUGCGAAAAUCAUAGGUGAGAACGCCCAGAAAUCGAACAUGUUUGAAUCUACAGUUAAGAUGUGGGUGUUUGAAGAGAUAAUCAAUGGCCGGAAACUCACUGAAAUAAUAAACCAAGAUCAUGAAAAUGUAAAGUAUCUCCCAGGGCAUAAGCUACCUCGGAAUGUGGUUGCUGUCCCAAAUGUAAAAGAAGCAGCAGAAGGGGCAGAUCUCCUAGUAUUUGUUAUACCUCAUCAGUUCAUUCCAAAAAUCUGUGAGGAGCUUACUGGCAAUGUGAAAGCCGGUGCCAUUGGGAUUUCAUUGAUCAAGGGUAUAGAUGAAGGCCCCGAUGGGCUGAAACUCAUAUCAGACAUUAUUCGAGAAAAACUGAAGAUAGAUGUCAGCGUGCUCAUGGGGGCCAACAUUGCUAAUGAAGUCGCAGAUGACAUGUUCUGUGAAACAACCAUAGGUUGCAAAAAUCCUGCAAGUGGGAAGAUCUUUAAGGAAUUAAUUCAAACCCCAAAUUUCAGAAUUGCAAUAGUAGAAGACUGUGACACUGUGGAACUCUGUGGGGCCUUAAAAAACAUCGUGGCAGUGGGGGCUGGUUUUUGUGAUGGCUUGGGCUUUGGAGACAACACCAAGGCAGCUGUAAUUCGUCUGGGCCUGAUGGAGAUGAUUGCCUUUGCGAAACUAUUCUGUAAAGGCACUGUAACACUAGAUACAUUUCUGGAAAGUUGUGGCAUUGCAGAUCUGAUCACAACAUGCUACGGGGGAAGGAACAGGAAGGUGGCUGAAGCUUUUGCAUGUGGUGAAAAAACAAUCGAACAGCUCGAAAAAGAAAUGUUAAAUGGACAAAAGCUUCAAGGACCUCAGACAUCAGCGGAAGUCUAUAAAAUCCUGAAGCAGAAGAAACUGAUUGACAAGUUUCCAUUAUUUGUAAAUAUCUACCUCAUCUGCUACAAAGGAAAGUCUGUCAAGGAGUUUGUCACUUGCCUGCAGAAUCAUCCACAUCACAAGUAAGAUCGUGUUGUGCUCUCCCGUUACGUAUCCCACUGCUCAAGCCUUCUGUCAACAUGACCAUGAUGAAUAAAAGCAAGCAAACCAAGAUAAAUCUGUA